AUGGCCGCAACUACGAGUCAGUUACCCAUGAGGGGACCAUCUAAAACUCUUUCAAACUGUUCCUCUAGCCCUGCAAGUUCUCACACUUGCGUCGAACUGUCGUCCUCUUUCCACAAAGACAAAGCGGGUGUCAAAUCCGAACACAUUAUGGAUGUCUUUAGUUCUCCCAAAACACACUAUAUUCCAUCAUCUCCUCAUGAAUUCACCUUUCCAGAAACUCCUUCUCGUUCUCGAGAGAUGAGCACUAGAUCUCCCCUAACAUCCCCCACCAAACCAAGGUUUCACCCAUAUGUAAAAUCCAGGGGAACUGCAGCUGCCACAACUCAGUUUGCAUUGGAUUCCCUGCAAGGCCUGACUGCCAAAGAACUGAACCCAGGCUGCUACAUUGAUGUCGCACAGGCUAAGGAGGUUUUCACGUGUGGUCUUGCGAACCUGCCAGAUGACAUGCUAUGUGAAGGCGCAAUGGCACAAUAUGCCACUUGUGAGGUAGCUAGACAGGAACUCAUCACGGCGACAUGGAAAGUUGAAGCAAGCACCCGCUGGUCAAAAUUCCUUGCCAGUGCUUCAAAGCACUUAAAAACGCAACAUGACUACUGCAAGACUGAUCUUGAGAUCUGGGAACAAGCAUGCACUAAUUGCGGGCUGAAAGAUCUCUUCAAUGACAAAGCCUUCUAUGAACAUUCAACUUCUCAAGGGACUCUGACAUUGGCAUUCCUGCAGGAACAAGCUCGCCUAUUGAAGGAGUAUGUCGAGGAACGAGGGGCAGAUAUAGGUGGUGGCCAUUCAGAAGGUAGCUGUUCAGGCGGUAGUGACUAUGAACCAAUGAAUUUGUCUCGAAUCAAUUAUCAUUUUUGUCCAUCUGAUCAUCAUACAUUUGUGCCUGCAUCCCAUUGUCCACCCAAGGCAAGAAAUCCACGAUGGAAGAAACCACAAAACUCUAGGCAAAUCCGCAAACCAGCGAGAAGAAGCAACAAGAACCCUUGCCUGAACGCUGAUGACAGCCAAGUCGGACGCACAGUAGAGCAAACAGAGCAGCCAGAGUUGGGGUGCAAUGAUACAUUAUCAGUUUUGCACGAGGAAGAGAUGCUGGACUCUGAGUUUGAUGACUUUGACGAUGCAGUAUCACAACACGAGCCGCCACAAAGCCUGAUCCAUCAUGAGCCCCUGUACAACAACCAUCAUCCUGAGGAAUACACAUCAGUGUACCACCCUCCAUUCCCGCAGCACGAGCCUCAGAUGCUUGUGCCACCCUUCCAGCCUCAACACAUCUAA